AAUGUUUAGCUGUUAGAGCAUGAGCAACGCGGGAUUUAACACAAUCCUUAGCGCUAAUACAUAAGAAAAUACUAAUAUUAAAUGGGCUUACGCUAAGAAAGAAUCCUUAGGUAAGGAUUUUUUGUCUUUGAUCCUAAAUGACCUGGCAUCAUCUGAUUGGUUGGGUGAAACGUUGCGUUUCGUAGGGGGACGGGAAUGAAUCAUUUACGCGGGUCGUAAAGAAAAAAAAAACCUCUCCUUCUCUAAAGGCGACGACAAAACCGACAUCGGCGAUCUGCUUGGUUUCAGGUAAAUCCGGCCAAAUCCGACCGCUAAUACUCACUAUUCUUUCUUAUGGAGUACAUGCAUGUAGAUUUCUCUUGUUUUUAUCGAUUCGAUUCAUGGGUUUGAAUAGAUUUCGGGUUUCAUUAGCGAUUGGGGAUAAAAUUAGAAUUAGGGUUCCUGUCGGGGUUUGCCAAUCGACUCUUUUCGAUGUAGUUCUUGGUUAUUUCGGAGGAUUUAAGGGUCCGUGAUUAAGCAGUCAUUCGAUGUUGGGUUUUAUAAAUCGAUUUAGGGUUUUAUAAUUUGGGGCUUUUGGUGAUUCGGUUCUUUUUUUUUUUCUUGUCAGCUCUAAAUGGAGGACGAACUGCGAGACAUGAAAGCACACAAAGCGUACUACAACAUGCUUCAUUUCGUUUCAGAAGCCCAACAGGGAAUUCCGAAGCUGUGCCCCUGUGGAUCUAUCACAAAGGAGUUCGUCGACGAAGAUGAUACGUAUGAUUACCUCCCGGGGAAAAGAUACUUCAUCUGCACAGACUACCAGAACGACGGGCUGCAUUUUAGGCAGCCAUGGGUAAUGGGUGUGCAACAAGAGAUUGAGAGGCUCAAACUAAAGUUUCUCGAGCAGGAGAAGCUCCUGCGCGAGUGCGAGGCGCUUAAGGUUCAGGUUAAGAUGCUUCUUGAGCGUGUGUGUGAGCUCGAGAGAGUCCGCUGAGGUGAAGUACAAGACCAUGUGCUUGUUGAAGACUAGAGCUGGCAUCUUGAAGUCACGGGUGGUUUGUCUCUUUCUCCUGUUAUUUAGAAAUCAAGUCACGGGCUCUUUGUUUCUUGUUGUUUGUAUUUUGAUGUGGACCAAGUCGUGUACCAUGUUGCCUUUAUAAGUCUCUUUGUAGACUGGGCUGUUUAAGUGAACCAAGUGUGUUUCUACUUCCUUGUAUUCUCUCAAAAACUGAUGUAAAAUGAUGUUUUAGUGUUUUCUGUUUCCUAUGCU